AUGAUGAUUGCUGAAAAUGGCUACCCUCGACUCCACACUCUGAAUAUCUCUAAGGAUUCCCUCGACGAUGAUGGUCGCCCCAAGCGCACUGGAACUGUGUGGACGGCGAGUGCCCACAUAAUAACUGCAGUGAUCGGUUCAGGAGUGUUGUCACUAGCAUGGGCAAUGGCUCAAUUGGGAUGGAUCGCUGGUCCGGUGGUUAUGAUUCUCUUCUCCUUUGUCACUUACUACACUUCGACCUUGCUCGCUUCCUGUUACCGUACCGGUGAUCCUGUCACCGGCAAGCGGAAUUACACCUACAUGGAUGCUGUCAAAUCAAGCCUCGGCGGGCAAAUGUUCAAAAUUUGCGGAACUGUUCAGUAUGCAAAUCUUUUCGGGAUCGCGAUUGGGUACACCAUAGCAUCAGCCAUUAGUAUGAUGGCAGUUAAAAGGUCCAAUUGUCACCACAAAAGUGGACUCACUGGUUCUUGUAAGGUGAACUCAAAUCCAUUCAUGGUAGCAUUUGGUGUAGCAGAGAUUCUCCUCUCCCAAAUCCCAGAUUUCGAUCAGCUAUGGUGGCUCUCCACCGUCGCCGCCGUCAUGUCCUUCACCUAUUCCUCUGCCGGCCUCGGCCUCGGCAUCGCCAAAGUCGCUCAAAACAAACAAAUCCUCGGAUCCUCCACCGGAAUCACAGUCGGUCUCGUCAGCGAAAUCGAGAAGCUUUGGAGGACUUUUCAGGCCCUCGGCAACAUUGCUUUCGCUUACUCCUACGCCAUAAUCCUCAUCGAAAUCCAGGACACGGUGAAGUCUCCACCAUCCGAGGUCAAGUCGAUGAAGAAAGCAACUCUCGUAAGCGUCACCACCACAAGCGUAUUCUACAUUCUCUGCGGCUGCUUCGGCUACGCGGCAUUCGGCGACUCCGCCCCUGGAAACUUGCUGACCGGAAAAGGGUUCUACGAACCCUAUUGGCUCGUCGACAUUGCAAAUGUUGCGGUGGUAGUCCACUUGGUUGGCGCAUACCAAGUCUUCUGCCAACCCAUUUUCGCGUUCGUCGAGCAAUACUUCGCGAAGCGAUACCCAGCGAGCUGCUUCAUCAACAGGGAGUUCAAGCUCUCGCUUCCGGGCAACCGUAGCUACAAUGUGAACCUCUUCAGGUUGGUCUGGAGGACAGGGUACGUGAUGCUGACGACGCUAAUUUCGAUGAUCCUGCCCUUCUUCAACGACGUUGUCGGGUUAUUGGGAGCGGUUGGUUACUGGCCGUUGUCGGUCUACUUCCCGAUUGAGAUGUACAUUGCUAAUAAGGGGAUUGCGAAAUGGAGCACCAGGUGGAUUUGCUUGGAAGUGUUGAGCAUGGGCUGCUUGAUUGUAGCUGUGGUGGCCGCGGUUGGGUCGGUUGUUGGGAUAAUUGGGGAUCUGGAUUCCGUCAAGCCGUUUCAUGCCAAUUACUGA